AUGCCGGACUGUGACCCACUUUGCUUGGAUCAGCUACUCAUCGAAAAGCCGAUGCCCCAUUGUGCAGCAACAUGUAUGCCGUCAUGUGCACCAACUUGCCUCCAGCAGGUGUCCAUUCCGCCAAGCCAACCACCUGUACUCGUCGCGGAGACACCCGUAAAAUGUAUUGCAGAGUGUAUGCCAGCCUGUACUCCACAGUGCAUUCAGGAACAGAAAGUCAUUGUAGCAAAACCGCUGGUGAAGUCUCCAACAUGCUUGGCCGCAUGUAUGCCAGUAUGUGCUCCUGCAUGUGUAGAACGAGAAACGAUUUGUCAUCCAGCUUGUCAACCAACUUGCGAUAGCGACUGUGUCAAGACUCUCAAUUUAAACAUAACUCUCUACCAAUCCGAACGUGAGCAGGAAAUCUACCCACCACCUCCACCACCUAGUGUACCAAUCGUACCUGUGGUUGAAGCAGAACCACUACCGCCACUUCCGCCUCCUCCACCGCCACCACCACCGCCUUCACCACUGCCUCCAGUUACUCCAGUGGUAGUAAGUGAACCGUUUCUGCCGCUUCCACCUUCGCCAUCGCCGCCUCCAUGUCUUCCACAGUGUCAGCCUGCAUGUGAGCAGCAUUGCAUCAUGCAGACGAGUAGUCCACCUGUGGAAGAGGUUCCUCUCCUGACUGAUGGCAACCAGAAUCUUAAUGUCAAUAUUGUUUUCGAGGAAGAGCCACAGGUAUGCGACCAGGUCUGCAUGCCCACUUGCGCUCCCUCGUGUCUGGAACAGCUAGUGUCAACCAAGGAAACUACUGUAGCAGUCAAAGAAUUGGAAUCUGCACAAUGUGUUGCUGAAUGCAUGCCAGAAUGCAGACCACAAUGUAUAGGAGCCAUAGCUGUGCCAGUUCCAGCUUUGCAACCCGUAUGCGUUCCGCAGUGUGAACCCGCGUGCGCACCGUCUUGUGUGGGGGAAUACAAAGAAAUUACAGUAGUCAACGAUUGCAGGCCAUCUUGUCAACCAACUUGUGACCCUCAUUGUCUAGAGAUGCAAGCUGAUCUUUCGACCCAGUGCAUACCUCUAUGUGCUCCCGACUGUACACCCCAGUGCUUAGCACUAUAUGCCGAGGAGAACUCCAUUAUACCAAUGGGACCACUUGCUUGCCCGUCGUUCUGCCAACCCGCAUGCCAGCAGAAGUGCAUUUAUAACGAGGUAUGA